UGACUUAGCGCAGUGAACGCGUGAAAAACAGUACCGCAUCAGCUGGAACUGAGCAGGAACAGCGUUUAGAGAGUCGAAAUUGUGCGGACAGUCCGUGACAGUGGCAUCACGACAAUACGUGUGUGUCUGCGCGUGUGUAGGAGAGAGCCGCUGUACGUCUAGAAAGGAUUUAAUAAAGUGGUCUCCAACCCCCGCCAGGCACCAAUUAAUUUAUCAGACAGUAAAACAGUUUAAGGGAGGGAGGGCAGAGAGGAGUCAGUGGGGACUGUGGCGGCUCCGGAGAGCUGUCACUUUCUCUGUGUGUAUGCGCGCGUGUGCCUGUGUGCGGAGAGGGAUUAUCAUUACGCACGUUAUGCGGAGCGCAGUUUUUUGGUGAUGCAUUCAGUCGGGAGAUGUGCAGCUGAGAGCAGUGAGCGUCAACGCGGACACUGAGCGGCAGAAACAGCCCAGAAGCAGGAGAGAGGGGGGAUCCGGCUGGCUCGGGGAGGGGAGCACCGUCUCUGCACAUCACAGGAUUUCGGCUCACUGUGGGUUUUAUGUAUUUCGAUGACUGCCCCCCUCGCUGGUGCAGUGAAAGUCAAAGAUGCGCACCGCUGAACAAAGGAUUUAGGGGAAAACGAUAAAGAAAUCUCUUCCACUUUAACCCUGACACCCGUGGUGCGUUUCGUCUCUCCCCCGUUUGGACUUGGACUCGGAAUUCAUGUCGAUUCUGCCUUUGAGGACGACGGACGAGGCUGAGUAAACCGGGUUCCUCUGGUCCGAGAGCUGGAGCAGGAGGAAUCAUCUGGUCUGAUCGCGUACAAGUCCAUGUGGAUGGAGAGAGAAUACGCAAACACGGCGAGCGGAGCUCAUUCCGAAAUGUGACAUUUUUAAAAAAUUCUGUCCCCUGCAAAACCUGACAACUGUGCAUCUGCCUUCGUUCUCGAUCGGAUUUGUUUACAUCUACAAAGAGAUGGCGUUCCUCCCGGUCCUCCUCCUGCUGCUGCUGACUGUCGCUCAUCGUGCCAGCAGUCAGGACUCAGAGGACUCUGAGGCUCUUCCAAGAGGCUGCGGCUGGGGCCUCGUGCGUCCCUACACCCUCCUCUGUGACCUGGACUCCAUAUGGGGUGUAGCUGUCGAGUCUGUGGCUGCCGGUGGGGUGCUGGCUGCCAUCUUACUUGCCCUAGUCCUGCUGUGCCGUUUACGCCACAUCAGUGAGGCUGAGAAGCGCAGUGGCGUUGGACCCAUCCUCCUGCUGCUCCUCGGCAUCCUUGGCUUGUUUGGCCUGAGCUUUGCUUAUCUGAUCGAGCAGGAUGAGUCGUUAUGCUUGCUCCGUAGGGCCCUGUGGGGUCUCCUGUUUGCCGUCUGCUUCUCCUGCUUGCUGGUGCAGGGUGUUCGUCUGCGCAGGCUGGGCCGGGAGCGUCGGAGCCCUGGAGGCUGCGCCCUCACCGGCUUGGCUCUGGGUUUGAGCGCUGUGCAGGGCAUCAUUGCUGCCGAAUGGCUGCUCCUGACCGUGCUGCGGGAGGGGCGAGCUGCCUGUCAGUACCUGCCCCUGGACUUCUCACUAGCCUGCAGCUACGUGCUAGCUCUCCUACUAGCUGCGCUGACUGCCGCCUCCCUGGCCCUGUGUGGGAAGACACGCCAGUGGCGUUGCAACGCCAUCUGGCUGCUGGUGACCUGCCUUCUGUCCUUGCUGCUGUGGGUGGCCUGGGUGGGCUUCUACCUGUACGGCAACGCCUGGCUGGGAAGGUCACCGGACUGGAAUGACCCGGCACUGGCCAUAGCUUUGGUGGCUCAGGGCUGGCUGCUGCUCAUCUUCCAUGCCAUUCCUGAAUCCCACAUCUGCCUGAGACCACCGCCACAACCCACUGCCCCAGAUUACUUCGACACCUCCCAGAACUCAACACGGAUGAGGGAGACGAGCUUCGAUGAAGACAUCCCACUCUCUCACAGGCAGUUUGUGGAGAACCAGGGCUACGGAUACAACGACGAGAACACUGCAGGUUUGAGGAGCGGCGGUGGCGCCGGGCAACACAACAGCAACACCGGCGCCAGGCCUAGCGCUCCUUUCCGUAGCAACGUCUACCAACCCACCGAGAUGACCAUGAUCCUGAACGGGGGAGCGGUGAGUACAUCCUCCCAGUCACAGGUGCCCUCUGCCCCUCCAACCUACACGGGGAGGCAGCUGUGGUGAGUGAGAGGACUGGAAAGAGGAUGUGUGAUAUAAAAUGAAGAGAAGAAGAGGAUGGAGAGGGUGAGGAGGGAGGGGUCUGGGACGAGGGGCCUGCCUGGUUGGAUUGGACUUCAGAUGCGGAUGCCAGCGGGGCCCUUUCACUCUGUGUACAGACUUUAACACUGACUGUGUGCCAAUCAACUAUUAUAACGUAUGAGUGUGUGUGAGACUGAGAGAGAGUAGGGUAUGGAGGACAGAGCUAAAGCUCUUCUAGCACACAAAUCUCCAUAGAAGGGUGUAAAAAUCUCAAAGUGUGACCAGCGAGUAGCAAAACAAAACACACGCUGACUCAGAUCUGAAAAUAUCAACGCGCAGUAUUCUUUUUCUUUUUCAUUUGGUUCGCUUCCCAGAGACUGCAGCACUGUAAGCAUCCUCCAAAACUGUGAAAUCUAUCGCUCUUUCCUGCUCUGUAUCUCUCUUCCUGUCAGUCAGGAUGUCUUUUCUGCUGCUCGUCACAACGCUGGCGCUUGAGUAGAAAACAUUUGGCUCUGUCCUCCAUCCAUCCACAGCGUAGGUAAAGGCAAAGCACAUGGGCAACUGUACAAGCUUGAGCACCGCCUGCUUAAAAAGAACCCAGCCUCUGUGGGUGUGUAUGUACAGUAUAUGAGAGGAAAGAGUCUGCGUCUAUUCCCCACAUCUCAACUCUACCACUCCAACAAACCAUCUCUCUCCAGACUGUUACCCCCCCCCCCCCCCCCCCCCCCCCCCCCCCAAUCUCUAUCUCUAUCUCUGGUCUGCACUUCUCUGUGAAUAUAACACAUAACUCCUCUCACCUUGCCUCAUCCUCCCACCUGCAUGGACACUUUGCAAAAAAAAAAACAACAACAAAAAAAAAACCAAAACUGUGAAACCCCUGAACUGUGGUGGGAAAAGAAGUUCCCAGCUGUGACCGCAGACACAACAAAAAGCAGCACCGGAGGGAGCACCUGAACGGAGGGAUUACAAGCUGCUAAUGAACUGCCGUUUGAUAUUUGAUGGAGUAGAGUGGAUUCUGAUUGGACAAGGAGGGGUGUCAGUCAUUGUCGGGGGUGGGGGGUGAGAGCUGGGGGAGAGGGAAGCGCUGGUUCAUGAAUCUAGGUCAGACUGCUGUGCUGCUCUCCCACAUCUCCGGUGGCCACUGGCGGUUUGAACCAGCCAGGAGAAACUGUCACUUUGUAUCAGCGGGAAACAGAGCGAGGAAAUGAAAUGGUCUCCUGUUCUUAGUUCCUCUAUCUGUGUGUUUUUAUGUGUGCGUACGUGAGUGUUGUGAUUUUAUGUGUGUCGGGAGUUGACGGGGAAAAAACAACAACAAAAAAAAAGAAUUUCAACGUCAAGGUUGCUUUCUGGUGCUAAAUAUUCCUUCACGCAACUUCCCCAGUGAGGCACAAAACUACAGGGGCAACCCUGAUGCAGAUACAGUCAAAAACUGUGAGUGACAGGCUAUAGAGCUGUGUGGCUGGUGUGUGGAAAUAUCCUAGAGCCUUAGAAAGAUCAGAUUUACAGUGCAAGGUAGAAAGAAGGAGAUCAAAUACAAGAGGAGGAGAAGGGAGGAAGAUGGUAGGAAGAGCGAGGAGGAAGGAGGGAGCGAGAGAUGGUCCGGGGGGAGCCCAAUGUGACAGCGAGAUCUCUGUGACUUCCCUCAGUUCAGCCUCCGAUCUGCGCGAGAAAAUGGCUCCCGGUCUGUCCAAGUGUGUGUGUGUGUGUGUGUGUGUGUGUUUUUGUGCGCUUUGUGGAGGCGGCCGUGCUGCUCUGCUCUGUGUGGUUGUCAUCUUUAUCUAGUGAAGCUUCUCUCCCUCCCUCCUCCUCCUUUUCCUCUUCUUCCUCCUCCACCUCACCGUCCUCCUGUAGCUCAAGCCCCCUCCACCCCCCCUGUGCCAAGAAGGACUCUUGUUUCACUGGAGUCUCCGUUUCACACCCUUUCCCCUCAUCGUGACACCAGCUCUCUCUUUCACCCGAGAAGCUGUGUACAUAGUAGUGCUGUAAAGCUUUGCUUGCUUGUUUACUUUUUUUCUUUUUUUAAACUGUAGGCUGAGUUUAGACACCAGUGUCAUAUGACCUACUGGAGAACUGACUACUGCAAUCUGUUUUUAUCUGGGGAUGUUUUUUUUUUGUUUUUUUUAACUGGUUUGCUUUGUGUUCAUACAUUUGCUUGUUACAUUAUGCUUUUAUUUUUCUCUUGCUGGUGUCUUUUAUUUUUUUUAACUAGCAUUUUGGAAAUGUUUUGCGAACACUAGAUAUGCUUUUAUUUUUUCUGUUUGAUUAAUGUUCAAGGAAAUUAUAUGAUUUGUCAUUUAUAGGGAUUUGUGUUGUUUGUACCUCCUGCGCAGUCAAGACAGUGGUCCACUCUUUGCUGUAACAGUCACAGGGAUACAAACUUGUUUUUUUUUUGCCAGAAAAAUGAAUUCUUGGCACUUCAUGCAGUAUACAAUGACUUAUUCCGUGAUAUGAUUAUAAAAGAAAAAAAAAGCAGCAGGAAGGGCAGAAUAAAUUAACUUUAAACCCACCAAUACUGAUGACCCCCAGGUCUUACAGCAACCCUCAACUAAGAAAAGAUUAAGGGUCCCUUCCUUUCUGCUGUGUGUUUAUGUCUUACCCACUGGCUAUUCUAAAAUAGGACUGGCACUAGCAGGCCAGCUCGAUGCCCAAAGAGAGCUCCGUCUGGGCCGAUCCUGGUCAGAAACAGACUACUGGGCCCUGGAAUCCGUGAGUCGUAGCCCAUGAAGAAGAACUGUCCUCAGGAUUUUGGAUGGUUAGCAGUAAUGAGACAAAGCUCUGGAGCUGGGGGGUGGGGUGGGGGGAGGUUCGAUUCUUGUGAUGUUUUCACUCAAUGUGGAGUACAGAAAAAAAAGAAUAACAUGUGACUUCGUAGAUUUUGCACUUGUCGACUACCUAUCUGUGCAUGCUUAUCACCAUUUCUACAUGUAAGACCUUUCUCAGACGUACUUUUGAAUACUAACUCUAUUUAUGUAAAGGUCAUGUGACAGCAAUCAUAAUUUCAGUGUAUAUCCGAUGACACACUUAAUGUCUGUGCUUUCUUAAACACAAAAGGGAGCUGGUUCUGGAGAAGCAAAGAGAUUAAAGUCAGGGGAAAAGGGUCCAAAUUAGGAACAAAAUGCCAACAUCACUGGACCUAAUAAUAACUUCCUCUGUUAGUUUGAAGACUCAAGGGGAAAAAAAGAGAAUCUUCUGGCUGAUGUCGUCUCUGUGUUUAAAAUCAAAUAGACUGUGGUGAAAUUUGCACAAAACUUCUAUAUGUUAAGUUUGUCAUCCCUGGGCAGCUCAUUUGAACACCCAUCCUCCCUGGGUUUGACAUGUCCUUGCCUGUCCUCUCCUGAUUUGUCUUGCCUUCAGACUGUUCCAGCGGGGCAGCUGACAGGGGUGAUAUUGGUUUUCACAGCUGUGACUGUGCAGUGACGCAGCAUGCCUAUGUAUAGAACUUGAUUCCCCUGAUUAGAAAAAGAAAAAAAAAAAAACAGUUAACUCUCUUGUUUCUGUAACCGAUUCAGGAAAAAAAGUUCAAUAAAAGUGUCAUGUUUGUAGUUAAUUUUAA